CAUUAACACGGGAAGAAUGUAUGUUUAUAGUGAAGAGAUCAAACAGCAGAGCAAAAAAAUUACUGGUAGGUAUAGCCACAGAAAGAAAUGUGAAGAUUUAUAUUGACUUUUACAAAUAAGGCUGAACGUCCAUCCUAACAGACGCAGACUCCAACAUGGUCAUCACCACGAAGUCUUAAAUUGUCUGUUAUCGGUAUUUUAAUGGUUCCAUGGAAUUAUAGUCCUUGUGUUUUAGUGGCAGCAAGUUGGUGUUUGACUCACUCUACACCGAUUAGUACACAAUACUUUAGGAAUAUAUCAAUUCAAAAUCCAUACAAAGUGAUUGCAGGAUAUACUAGCACAAGUCAUCUACAUGAUUCGUCUAAACAUCAAAUAAGUUUAGGAAUAGAAGCAGUGUUCCACCCAAAUCCAUUGGUUUUAUUUGUGUUAAUCAAAGUAAUCCCCGAAUUCCGUAAUUCGAUAUUCAUCGACUAUAAACGGUUAAAAUUCAACGCAACCGAGCCGAUGAACGAAAAUUGUGAGUCUUCGUAUUGGCUUCAAACCAAACAUUCAACGUAUAAGGACAAUUUUUUUUAUGAGUAUUUAUUAAUGAACCAGAUCCCGUGUCCGUACGUGCUUUGUCAUUAUUCGAACUCAACGGCGUGUACGAUUAAUAAAGUUAUAAAGAAAAAUUGUAUAUCCGCAAUGGUUGUGUGUAACUAUCAUUUUAUGAGUUUUGCUGAGUUCGAACCAGAAGAGGGACGAUCUGUGCUUUAUCACAAAAUCACUAACGAAGUUAUUAUAUGGAUAAAACAAUAUGUAUUAUAGUUAGCACUCUGUACUGUAAUGUAAAUACAGAAGUAGAAAACAAUGAAUGGUAUUUGAAUAAUUAAUAUUCACUUAAACGUCACAGUUGAAGUCACUAUUGUUGU